AGGUUGCCACCUUGUUGUUAGCAAACGAAGCCGGCAGAAUGCAGUGGCUUAAAUUAAAGCUCUGUUUUAUUUUUCUAAUUUCCAUUUCAAUACGCUUUGCACUCGGCAAUUCUGGACGCGAUCCGAAUGGAUACAUCACCUACUGUCCCUGCAUGGGACGCUUUGGUAACCAAGCCGACCACUUCCUUGGCUCAUUGGCUUUUGCUAAGGCCCUAAAUCGCACUCUGAUCCUGCCCCCAUGGGUUGAGUACCGCCAGGGUGAGCUACGCUCACGCCAAGUACCCUUUAACACCUACUUUGAGGUGAAUCCGCUUCUGGAAUACCACCGCGUACUGACAAUGGCGGAUUUUAUGUGGCACUUGGCUGACGACGUUUGGCCAGAAUCGGAGCGCGUAUCCUUCUGUUAUAUGGAACGAAAGAGCCUGCAGGAGGAGAAGAACGAUCCGGAAAAGCCGAAUUGCCAUGCUAAGGAUGGUAAUCCUUUCGGUCCUUUUUGGGACACAUUCCACAUCGACUUUGUGAAAUCCGAGUUCUACGGACCGCUGCACUUUGAUGUCCAUCAUAGUGCCGUGGCGGCCAAGUGGCAGGCCAAAUAUCCAGCCGAGACCUGGCCCGUCCUAGCUUUUACAGGAGCUCCAGCCAGUUUCCCUGUUCAAUUGGAGAACUGUCCCCUGCAAAAGUAUUUACAGUGGAACAGCCGCUACAGGGAUGCGGCAAACGAUUUUAUCAAGGAGCAGUUGCCCCGAGGAGCCUUUUUGGGCAUUCACCUUCGCAAUGGAAUCGAUUGGGUGCGGGCAUGUGAACAUGUAAAGGACAGCCAACACCUCUUUGCCUCACCCCAGUGCUUGGGCUACAGAAACGAGCGGGGAUCUCUCUACCCGGAGCUUUGCAUGCCCUCCAAGGAGGCCAUAGUCCGCCAGCUGAAGCGAGUCAUUAAGAACGUGAGACAAACCCAACCGAACAAUGAGAUAAAAUCGGUCUUCGUGGCCUCCGAUUCAAACCACAUGAUUGGGGAGCUCACCUCAGCGCUCAGUCGUAUGGGCAUCAGUGUUCACAAGCUGCCGGAGGAUGACCCAUAUCUGGAUCUGGCUAUUUUAGGGCAAUCGAACCACUUUAUCGGCAACUGCAUAUCGUCCUACUCCGCGUUCGUUAAACGAGAAAGAGAUACGCAUGGUUUCCCAACAUACUUCUGGGGGUUUCCCAACGAAAAGGACCGACAUCAUCCAAAAGUGCACGAGGAAUUGUAACAGCUUGAAGGAUACCUUGGAGGAUAAUCCUAAAUACUCAUACUGGCUCUUGAAUUCUUAUUUUAGAACUUAACCUGCAAACAUUCCUAAUUCUUUUUAUUGUGCCCGUGAGUCUUCUUAAUCGAAUGUUAAUGAAGCCUU